AUGGCGGCAGGAAUGCUGCUGUCCAGUGUAUUGGAGCUGCUGCUUCUAGGGCUACUAUUACCCGCAAGUCUGACCGGUGCUGUCGGAAGCCUGAACCUGGAAGAGCUGAGUGAGAUGCGUUAUGGGAUCGAGAUCAUACCUCUGCCUGUCAUGGGAGGGCAGAACCAGGCUUCGGACGUGGUGAUCGUCUCCUCUAAGUAUAAACAGCGCUACGAGUGUCGAUUGCCAGCUGGAGCCAUUCACUUCCAGCGUGAAAGGGAAGAGGAGACACCUGCUUACCAAGGGCCUGGGAUCCCUGAGUUGUUGAGUCCGAUGAGAGAUGCUCCCUGCCUACUGAAGACUAAGGACUGGUGGACAUAUGAAUUCUGUUAUGGACGCCACAUCCAGCAGUACCACAUGGAAGAUUCUGAGAUCAAAGGUGAAGUCCUCUAUCUUGGCUACUACCAAUCGGCCUUUGACUGGGAUGAUGAAACAGCCAAGGCUUCCAAGCAGCAUCGCCUGAAGCGCUACCACAGCCAAACCUAUGGGAAUGGGUCCAAGUGCGACCUCAAUGGAAGGCCCCGAGAGGCUGAGGUUCGGUUCCUGUGUGAUGAGGGUGCUGGCAUUUCUGGGGACUACAUUGACCGUGUGGACGAGCCCCUGUCCUGCUCUUACGUACUGACCAUUCGGACUCCUCGCCUCUGCCCACACCCUCUCCUCCGGCCCCCACCCAGUGCUGCUCCCCAGGCCAUUAUCUGCCACCCUGCCUUACAGCCUGAGGAGUACAUGGCCUACAUUCAGCAGCAAGCUGACUCCAAGCAGUAUGGGGAGAAAAUCCUAGAAGAGCUGCAAGACCUGGACCAUCAAAUGUGGAGUGAGGCCAAGUCUGAGGUGGUACCCCUGAAGCGAGAAGGUGCAAGUCCAACCAAGGAAGACAGUAAGCAGUCGGACUUCUGGAAGGUGGUUCAUGAGCAAGAGGACCAGGCUCCAGGAGGGGAGGAGGUACAGGCUGAGGAGCAGGAACUUAACAUGGAGACGGCAGAUCCAGCCCCACCCUCCCCUGAUGAUUUUCAGAACAAUGUGCAGGUCAAAGUCAUUCGGAACCCUGCAGACUUGAUUCGGUUGAUAGAGGAGCUGAAGGGUGGAACCAAAAAGGGGAACCCAAGCACAGGCCGGGAGCAGCGUGCAGAUGAUGCUGAAGAAGUCCCUCAGAGGGACCCUGAGGUGAAAGAAAAAGGCGAUGAUGUAGAACAACAGAAUGGGGUGGAAGAGGGAGAGGAAGAGGAGGAGGAUGAGGACGAGGAUGAACAGCAGUUACUGGGAGAAUUUGAGAAGGAACUGGAAGGAAUACUGCUCCCAUCAGACCGAGAUAGGCUCCGUUCGGAGGUGAAGGCUGGCAUGGAGCGGGAACUGGAGAACAUCAUCCAGGAGACAGAGAAGGAACUUGACCCAGACGGGCUGAAGAAGGAGUCGGAGCGUGAUCGAGCAAUGCUGGCCCUCACAUCCACUCUCAACAAGCUCAUCAAAAGGCUGGAGGAAAAACAGAAUCCACAGCUAGUGAAGAGGCGUCAGAAAAGGAGGGUUGUCCCUAAAAAGCCUCCCCCACCCCCACAGCCUACAGAGGAGGAUCCCGAGCACAGAGUCCGGGUCCGGGUCACCAAGCUCCACCACAGAGGCCCCAAUCAGGAUCUGACUGUCCUCGAGAUGAAACGGGAAAACCCACAGCUGAAACAAAUCGAGGGGCUGGUGAAAGAGCUGCUGGAGAGGGAGGGACUCACAGCUGAAGGGAAAAUUGAGAUCAAAAUAGUCCGGCCAGGGGCUGAAGGGGCUGAGGAGGACGCACGUUGGCUGAGUGAUGAGGACACAAAGAACCUCAAGGAGAUUUUCUUUAAUAUCUUGGUGCAGGGUGCUGAAGAGGCGCAGAAAGAACAGCAACGGCAGAAAGAGCUGGAAAGCAAUUACCGCCGGGUGUGGGGCUCUCAGGAGGGGGAGGGCACGGGGGACCUGGACGAGUUUGACUUCUGA